GUAAACGCUGGAAAACCCCAUAUACGUAGCUGUCCUUAAAACUUACCUGUUCAACAGUUGCUUUGAGUAGAUAAAUAAUAUCUCGAUUCUGGAGAAAAAAAGAUCUGUAAGACAUGCACGUCAACAUCUGGUUUCCGGGAUCUGGUCGUAUUGGCCAUGCCUCCUUGGAACUGUCCAGCGGCAGAUACAUCAGCUGGUGGCCGUCUGACAACAAGAACUCUGGGAAGAAAGCUAACAAACUUGGCGCAGGCUUAGUCACCGGGUAUGGCCAAGACACUCUGGAUGAUGACAUAGAGUCGGAAGGAGGAUAUCCUACGAAGGUCAUUGAUCUAGACAGCCUUAACCUGGACGAGGAUGCGAUUGAGGAAUGGUGGAUCGGCUGGAUCAACGGCGGGACUUACACGCUUCUGGGCCCCAACUGCUGCAAGGUUGUGUACGACGCUUUACGAGCAGGGGGAGCUACUUUUAGUCCAAAUGUCGUGUGGUCCCCGGGCAUUCUCUACCGUUAUCUGAUACGGAUAACAGAGGGCUGGCUAAGCCUGGCUGCGUCAUUCCUCAACUCGACACUGAUCUGAGCUUCUAUUUGUCGAAAAACGCAAUAACAGAAAGCUGGAACGUUGUUCUGAAACUCGUCACUUGUCUUAACUUUAUUUGUUGAAAAACGCAACUAGUCUGAACUUUUAUUUUUUGAAAAACGCAAAAACAGAACCGCGGAAGAACAGAUAGCUGGUUGUUUUGGAACUCAAUACUUAUUUGAGUAUUUGAACUUUAUUUGUCGAAAAACGAAAUAACAGAAAGCUGAUUGUUUUGGAACGUAACACUUGUCUGAACUUUAUUUGUGAAAAAAAAAAAAAAAAAAAAAAACCCGGAAUAACAGAUAGCUGGUUUUUGGAACUCAAUACUGACAGAACUGUGACACAUGUUCAAGUGAUUUAAAUGUGUCAAUUUCAGUUAAUUGUGCAAAGAAUGUAUGUGCUAAC